AUGUCUCUCUCGACCGUCUUCUACGAGCCUUUCUACUCCCUCGCCGACUUUAACCGCCUCUUCGACGAGGCUUUCACGCGCACCUCGGGCGACACCUCCCGCCAGAUGCAGCGGCCCCAGAGCGGCCCCAAGGUCCUCAGACCGAGGAUGGACGUCCACGAGGACGCCAAAAAUAAUACCGUGACAGCGACGUUCGAGCUGCCGGGUCUGACGAAGGAGAACGUCUCCAUUGACGUCCACAACGGCGUCCUCACCAUCUCCGGUGAGGCCAAAAUCUCCGGCGAGCACGAGGAGGCUGGCUACGCCGUGCGCGAGCGCCGCUACGGCCGCUUCUCGCGUGCGCUGCCCGUUCCCGAGGGCAUCAAGAGCGAGGAAAUCAGGGCGUCGAUGGAGAAUGGCGUCUUGACCGUCAAGUUCCCGAAGACGACGCCUGUGUCGGCGUCGCAGAAGAUCGCUAUCGCUUAG